UCUCCCUCCCUCUCUCUCUCUCUCUCUCUCUCUCUCUCUCUCUCAUACAGUACAGUGUCUCUUCCUAAUGACCCUGUGUUUGCAUCUGCUGUCUGGUUUGCUUUAGAGAAUUUACAAAAGCUUUGCUUUCUCUGAGGUAAUGUGCUCACACAGCGUUUAUUCUAGUUUGCUUGUUGGUGCACUCCUCAUUUAUAAAUCAUAAGUGGGGCAGUAAGUCUUAAAGUGCUUCUCUCACACACUGUAGAUAUACGUGCACAACACACAGGGAAAAUUAGGUCAAAAUACUAGAUGAAAUGUAAAUCCUAUUAUAUACUACAUUUAGAUAUAUAUCACAGAACAUGUACAGACUAUGUUUGGUUUUCAUCAUCAACACUUACAGUAUUGCAAUUUCCCUUUACAAGGACUGGAGAGAGACCUAAUGUGCUAAACACACGCUGGCAGAGCUACUGUACAUGAGCAGAGCAGGGAUUGGUCAACAGCUCUGCCACUCAGACAGCAAAUACUCCCCGACUUCCUCUGUCCUCCUUUCCUGGUGCAGCCUGGGAGGAGGGAGGGGAAUGGAUCUUUUUCUGUGCGAGUCGCCGGAGCUCCCUCAGCCUGCUCCUUACCACCUGUCCUUGACUUACAGUGCUCAGACGAGACGGAGAGGAAGCUGUGCUGCUCACUCCUCCCUCUGGCUCCUCUCUGUCUGUGUUUAUGUGAGCAGCUUUUAUAUUUUUUAAAUCUUUCACUCUUGUGUGUGGCUGCUUCUUCCUACCUGUGGUGCUUCGGUGGAGUGGCGAAGAGAGGAGCGUUUGUCCUCGGCCGGUGGAGCUCUGAUGGGAGGCAGCGCUGGCUCUGGCUGGGACUGGGGAUGCUGAACAGGGGGAGGGAGGGCCUGUUUGAGCUGGGACAGCAGCUCCAGCAGCAGGGGGAGUACCAGGCCGCCCUCCACUGCUUCCUCAGCUGCCUGUUGGGACUGACCCAUGUGCAGAGCUUCACCUCUCUGCCCAACUGCCUACACCAGAUUGCAGAACUCUUCAUCGCUGAAAAGAACUAUGAGAAGGCCCUCCAGUUCAUCCAGGCUGAGAAAAUGUUCUAUGAGGUGGCGUUGAUCGAGCUCACGGCUCUUCAUGGGACAGGGCCUCAGGAGGAGGCUACGCUGGGCUCUGCAGGAUGGACAACCCCAGAGGAGCUCUCGGAGCAGGCCUCCCAGGCACAGCACCUCGAACGGCUGGCCCAGCUCUGCAUCAUGAGCAAACAACCUCAUCUUGCUCUAGAAUACAGCGGUAAGGCUGCAAAGAUCCACCAGAGGGCCUUUGGUAAUGACCACCCCAUUACAGCCAGAAGCCUGGAGCUCAUGGCCACUGUCUAUGCUGAGAUCGGCAAGACUGAAUAUUCAGACUCCCUGGGUCAGUGUGUGUCUGCGCUGUCCAAACGCUUCGCUGCUGCAGAGUCCAUCAGAGACACCGUCAACUGUACUCCUCAUUCCCACCGGGAGAAACACUCAGAGAUCCGCCACAGAAAGGACACCCACCACCAACAGGAGGACGCACCCAAACCUAAGGUAACCAAUGGCAAAGUCCCCACCUCCAUUCUAAAGAGGCCAAGUCCCAACUACGGGUCCGACACAGAACCCAACCACAGACGGAAAGGUGAACGGAGGGUUCGAUUCAGGGAGCCAGAGACCACAGUACAUGACAUUCCUUACUGUGACUGUGUAGGUGCCUAUGAGACGACACCGUCCCGCCCCCACCUCGCCCUGUUCACUUGCCUCUUCCUGCUGAUGUCAUUCCUGGGUGUGGCCAUGUACUGCACAGACCGGCGGCGCCCACAGCGGGUGUGCGAGGAGCUGGAGGCCACUCUGGCCGUCUACCUGUUGCAUAUGAAACAGCUCCUGUGGGGCUGCUGGAUAUGGCUCACCAUGCAGUGACUGAAACCGACCACAGGUGGAGACAUGGAGCCUCCUUUAAGUUUUUUUCAGAGCCCUCUUUUUUUCCUGUCUCUGAAGGAGCCCAGGCCUACAAACACCUCAGCCUUUAGGCAAGGCUCUGUACACCGUCUGUGGUGUCGAACCACUCUCGCAGUGACAAAAGGGGAAAAUGGGUAAUCGCAGAAAUAUGUAGCUUCCAUGUCUGUAUGUACAUAUGUGCUAAGGUGGUGGGCACGCCACUCCUUAAUUAUGAUUUUGCACAUCUGCAAUGUUGAUGCUCACAUAUAACGCUCACAUAAUCACCACAACCAUUCAAUCUUUCAGUUCAUGUCUAUUAUUAUAUGUGAGUGAAUGUUUCCAUGGAAUGCAAAUAUUUAUUUUGUUAAAGUACAUGAUUUGUGUAAGUCAGAUAUUACACAGAACUAUAUGUGUAUAUAUGGCUCAAUAUAUAAGGACUAUCACAAUAUUCAGCCUUGUAAUUGCACAUAAAUGAAUGUAGAGAUGGUUGGAAACAGCUUUGAUUGGCGCGGCGCACAUUCGAGAGGAGGAGGAAGCACAAAUUGUGUGAACUGUUGGAUAAUGAUCCGUGAGAAGGAAAACACAGGGCUGCAUCACUUCACAGCACCAGGUUGAAUGAGUAACAGAUGAAAAACACCUCUUUUCUUUACAGACUGUCUGGUCUUCUGUACGACUGAUUCCUAGCUCCACCAAGGAGGAAACCUGCAGCACAAUGUUAUGAAUUCUCUCACCAUAUCUAUCGUCGAGGAGAAUAUACUCAAACUGAAUGACGCUUUUGACAGUGUUCCUCUUUAUAACCGCUUGAAUCCUACAAAAAUAUCCCUGAUCCUAAAUGUUAUUUAUUCUUCUAUACUGUAUAUCUGCAUCUAACGCAAAUAUCCAACUUUCAAUUAUUUUGGAUUUUUUAACUUUUUGUUACCUGUUACAUUUCUAUUCAAAAAUAAUAAUAUUCAGGUUUUAACCGUGAUGUCAAAUGCUCAUCAAGCUUUGGACAAAUGUAGGAAAAACAUAAUUUUAUCAAGUUCAUUACUACUAUAUAUGAGGCCAAACACAGAAAUACGACAGAAAAUCUGAUUCUGUUUGUUAUUGUAUGAGUCCCUUUUUAUGAAAUGACGCAUUAUAGGAAUGAAAGGGCACAGUGAUGCACAUCCCACACACCUCUCAUUAUGAGCAAUAACACACAUCACAUAGUUUCCAGUAAAACAUGUUUCUUUAUAUAACAGGUUUCAGGGAACUCAGAAGGAAAAGUCUUGCAUUUUGAAUGUCAAAGCAAUAUAAGGCUAAUACCGCCCGUAUAUAGAAGUCACUAAAUUGUCAUUAGCAAUAAAACAAUACCCAGUGAACUCAUGUCCUGCGCAUUUAGCUUAGAAGCUGCAUUUCACGGCUGUCCAAACGUUUAUGGUCACUUUGAAAGAAGUGCCUUUUAUGGAGGGUUUUCUUAGUUCCUACCGUUUUAUGAUUUCAGUUAUUUUAAAUAAAACUGUCAUUGCCUAUCAAAGUCAA